ACCGUUUGACCCCUUACCAAGACCCGUAUCUCGAACGAUGUUUAUCUACGAGUGUCUCAGCCGAAGAUCCUUCUUGACGCGAACGAUCGCGCGGGCUCUGCACGAGGCACCUCACAUCGCCAUCAGCCGUUGCACGAUCAGCUGUUUCGCGAACGAGCGAAGGGAUACGACCAUUUGCGCCUUGUCAUCUGGACACGGAAAAUGCGGCGUGGCGGUGGUGAGAGUAUCAGGAAGUCGGUCUCUAGAUGCCCUGAAGAAGAUGACGAACAUAUCGAACCUGGAGCCGAGGAAAGCUUUUUUACGAAAGAUACACGACCCUGAGACAAAGGAAGUGAUCGACCAUGGACUUUGCCUGUGGUUUCCUGGACCUCACUCGUACACCGGCGAAGACUCCGUAGAGUUUCACGUGCACGGCGGCUCGGCGAUCCUUAGCCGCUUGAUGCAGGCUCUUUCGACGCUGCAGGUGUAUCCAGCGCAGCCAGGUGAGUUCACCAGGCGCGCCUUCUACAAUAACAAGCUGGAUCUUACCGAAGUGGAGGGUAUAGCCGAUCUGAUAGAAGCGGAGACGGAGUGUCAAAGGAAACAAGCCUUGCUGCAGGCAGACGGUUUGCUUCGCAAACUGUACAGCAGCUGGAGGAAGGUGCUGUCGGAGUGCGUGGCGAGCCUCGAGGCGUACAUCGACUUUGGCGAGGACGACAACAUCGAGAGCGACGUAGUGGAGACCGCGCACGGCGCGCUGAGGAAGCUGAUGAAGAACAUAGAGGAGCACCUGGCUGACGGUAGGAAGGGCGAGAUCCUGCGCAACGGAGUGAGGACCGUCAUCGUUGGCGAGCCCAAUGUCGGCAAGAGCAGUCUGCUGAAUCACCUGGUGCAACGGAACGCCGCUAUCGUUACCCCGAUCGCCGGCACCACGAGGGACGUCAUCGAGCUGAGCGCGAACAUCUCCGGUUACCCAGUGCUGAUAGCGGACACUGCCGGCAUCACAGAUAACACAGAAGACAUCGUUGAAGUUGAGGGCGUCCGUCGGGCGAGAAAGCACGUGGUGAACGCAGACUUCGUCGUCGUUGUCGUGGACGCGUCCAGGUUCGCGGCAAGCGACGCGACGUACGGCGACUAUAUACGCGAGUAUCUGUCGUCGUUGGGAAUACACGAGCUGCUGACGAAGAUGGGAAAACGGCGCUUUAUCGUGAUUAUGAACAAGACAGACUUGCUGAGAGAAGAGGACAAAGAGCGGUUGAGCGACGUCGAAGCGGUCUUGAUAUCCUGCAAGAUAGAAGACGGCUUUCAGGGUUUGCUACGAUCGCUGACUGAUCGUUUUAGGGAUAUAUGUGGCAAUCCGUCCACGGAGAGUCCGACUAUCAGUCAGGCGAGACACAGGAAUCACUUGACACAGUGUCUAAAGCACCUGCAGAAUUACUUCGAACUGUGCGCGACCAAGCAAUAUGACGUGGCUAUCGCGGCGGAGGAGAUCCACAAGGCGAUGAGAGAACUCGGGAGGAUAACAGGACACGUGAGCACCGAUGAGAUACUGGACAUUAUAUUUAAAAACUUUUGUAUCGGUAAAUAAAGAGCCGUCGUCUCUUGUACACAAGAUGCCGUUUUAAACUUCUUUACAGACUGUUCCGAGACGCCGGAUGUGACUCAGAUAUCAGUUAAGUGUAGUACAUCUUUACAGAUGGUUAUGGAUCUUUACUAUUGUAGGGAGAUUUUAGUACUAUUAUAUGAUAUUAUUUAUAUAUCUCGCAGUACAUCUUUGAAUUCGGACCCUUCGCGCAAAAAGUUUCACAAAAUGUUGCGUCUCUUGUUCCAUCGAGAGGCCGGGCUUUUUAUAAAAGAGCUGAAUUUAUAAAGAUUCUCCAACGCACACACCACAUACGCGCACGUACACGCAUGUACGUAUGACACGAUGAGCAGGGAAGAUCGUGACACUAUUCGAAGUAUGAUACAUUGUGUCUCUGUGUGGUUGUUUCUUCGCAGUUAUUGUGAAGUGAGAUUUAGAGGGACUUAACUCCUUGACCUACACGCUAUCUCCCGAUUGCUCGGGCCAUAGUCUCGGCCAAGCUCGUCUUGUUUACGUUUGGUCCGAACGAAGUACCACGAGUCAGACUCGUGCUUAUUGUUUAUGGACCAAAUUCCUUACCACAAGUCUCACUCGUGGUUGUAGGCCAAAGGAUUAAAACGUAAAAGCGGAGUUAUUUGCACAUAUAAAGAUAUACACGUGAACAAAUUCAUCCCUUGCGCGCGCAGCGCGUAGAGCAAAAUGAAAUACAAAAGGAGCCUUCAUAAGCAUCGUACGUUUAUUAACAAUGUUACACGCACAAUCAUACAUAGAACAACCUUUUGCCUGAUUAUAAGAUAUCGAUACCCCAUGCCUUACAGAUAGGGCUUCGUAAUAAGUCGUUAUCUGUAUGCCAUGCCCGUGUCAUGUUACUUAACUCGUUGCAUCAAUAACUCCGCUCGCUCGCGCAAUAAACGACAAUAUAUAGCUUGGCAGGCUAACGAAAA